AUGAAUAGCUUCGCUGAAUGUUUAAUCUUUCCUUGCGACCAGACUGUUCCCCCCAAAACCAUAACUAAAUUUUGGAGUCUGCAAAACCUUUCAGUUGUUGUUCUGUUCGCAUUGUUUGAACUUUCUUUGCCACUUGCAGUUCUUGUUCAUUCCCAGAAUCAAUCAGGAUUCAUCAGUAUUGAUUGUGGACUCGUGGGUGAGCCAAACUACACCGAUGAAACCACUUCCAUCAAUUACACUUCAGAUGCCAACUUUAUAUCCACUGGAAUUACCCACAGCAUAUCAUCCAAAUAUAAGCCAAACACUCUUAAAAGGCAGUUCCGGAAUGUUCGAAGCUUCCCAGAAGGAACUAGGAACUGCUAUACCCUUAAUGCUCCUCAAGGAAGUGGCAGCAAGUACCUAGUGAGAGCCAUGUUCAUGUAUGGUAACUAUGAUGGUGAAGACUCUCUUCCCAAAUUUGACAUCUAUCUUGGAACUAAGUGGUGGGACUCAGUGAUGUUUCAGAAUGCAUCUGAUAUAUUGAUCAAGGAAAUCAUUUAUGCUGCUUCAACAAAUUAUGUUCAUGUUUGCCUUUUUAACACCAACAAUGGGACACCUUUCGUAUCAGUUUUGGAGCUCAGAGUUCUUCACAGUGAUGCCUAUCUUGUUAGUUCUCUGGAGCUCUUGGCGCGGUAUGAUUUAGGGUUGCAGGAUGGUGAAUUAGUCAGAUACCCAGAUGACAUCUAUGAUCGAAUAUGGACUCCUCAUAACUCAAAAGACUGGGAACGGAUGAAUACCUCACUUCCUGUAGGCCAAGGAUCAUCAUCAUCAGUACCAUCCUACAGCUUCAUAACAGUACCACCCUCCACUGUCAUGAGAACAGCGGCAACGCCAGCAAAUGUCAGGAACGACAUGGAAUUUCACUUCCUCCCCAGGUACAAUGCCUCUACUUACUACACAUGCUUAUACUUUGCUGAAACUCAGAAACUCCAAGCAAAUCAAAUCAGAGAAUUCAACACUUUCUUGAAUGGAGGCCUUAUCAAUUCUGAUCCAGUCAGUCCUCCAUACCUUGAGACCGAGUAUUAUAUACAAGCAACAACUGAACCUUGGUUCGAUAUUUGGAUCAAUAAAACUGGCAGAUCAACACUGCCUCCUAUUUUCAAUGCCAUUGAGAUAUAUAUGGUUAAGGAUCUCUCUCAAUCACAAACACAGCAAACAGAUGUUGAUGCAAUCAUGAACAUCAAGUCAUUUUAUGGGAUCAAGAGAAAUUGGCAAGGAGAUCCUUGUACUCCACAGGCAUACUUGUGGGACGGUCUUAACUGCAGCUAUGAUAGAUCUGGGCCACCAAUGAUCACAUCCUUGAACUUAUCCUCUGGUGGAUUAACUGGAAACAUAGCUCCAGACAUAUCCAAUUUGAAGUCGAUUGAGUAUUUGGAUUUGUCAAACAAUAGUUUAGUCGGAGACGUACCUAGUUUCCUAUCUCAACUGCAGUUCUUGAGGGUUCUAGACCUCGAAGGCAAUCAGCUAUCUGGAACAAUUCCAGCAGAACUUUAUGAGAGGUCAAAGAAUGGAUCACUCAAACUCAGUUUUGGUGGAAAUCCAAAUCUUUGCUCUUCAGAAGAUUCAUGCAAGAGUAGCAAGGCAAAGGUUGUCAUUCCAUUAGUAUCAUCGCUAGCCGGAGUUUUCAUACUGCUGACAGUCACAAUUGCUUUCUGCAUCUUCAGAAGAAAACAAGAAGAGAAGCUGAGUGCUUAUUCCAAAAUAAAUAAGGAACUAAAGCUAAAGAAACAACAGCUAACAUAUGCUGAAGUUUCUAGCAUUACCAACAACUUUGAAAAGGUUGUGGGAAAAGGAGCAUUUGGAACAGUCUACCAUGGCUUCUUAGGUAACACUCAGGUUGCUGUCAAAAUGCUUACACCUUCAGCUCAGGGAUAUCAGCAAUUUCAGGCAGAGUACCUUUUGAUUUAUUCAAGUUGCAGAGCUUAUGACUGUGAUUCACAGGCAAAACUUUUGGCUACUGUUCACCAUAAACGCUUGAUUGCUCUGAUAGGAUAUUGUGAUGAUGGAUCCAACAUAGCUCUCAUCUAUGAGUAUAUGGCUAAUAGUGACUUAGCUAAGCAUUUAUCAGAGAAAAAUGAGAACAUCUUGGAUUGGAAACAACGGUUACAAAUUGCAGUGGAUGCUGCAGAAGGCUUGGAGUAUCUGCAUACGGGUUGCAAGCCAUCAAUUGUUCACAGAGAUGUUAAAUCCAAAAACAUCUUACUGAAUGAAAAUUUUCGGGGCAAAAUAGCUGAUUUUGGAUUGUCAAAAAUCUUUGCCGAUGAAGGUGAUACACAUAUAUCUACUGUGAUAGCUGGCACCCCAGGAUACCUUGACCCCGAGUACAGUAUGUCAAACAGGCUGAAUGAAAAAAGUGAUGUUUACAGCUUUGGAAUUGUACUGCUUGAAAUAAUUACAGGACAACCUGCAAUAGCCAAGACUGAAGAAAAACCACACAUAGUCCAAUGGGUUAAUCUCAUGCUUCCUGAAAGCAAGAUUGAUGAUAUUGUGGAUUCAAGAUUACAGGGAAACUUUGAUACUGAUUCUGCAGGAAAAGCAUUGGAUACUGCAAUGGCUUGCGUAGUGCCUUCUUCCUUGAAUAGGCCUACAAUGAGUAACGUAGUGAUGGAAUUGAGACAAUGUUUGGCUAUGGAGAUCGCUCGUGGAAUUCAUAGUAAAAUUGAUUUCUCAUUUGGUGGAAUUAGUGGGGAGAGUUCUCUGGCUAGAUAGUUAAAAUCUUGGCAAAGUUAACAUUAUGUUCUUUCUUUCUUUUUUAUUGCAUGGCGCGUAAA